UCACUUGUGUCGGGGAUGGCCCAGCCCCGGGAGGACGGCCGGGUGGGAAGCUCCCUGCCCGUGUCCAGGGUAAGCCCCAGGCUUUUUCGGUUACUCAGAACUCGCUCCUCCUUACCGGUCUCCGGCAGAAGACAGCCCUCUGCCCGAGCUUCCUAUGCGAGCGACUCGGGGCCACGCUCCAGGGCGGCAUUCGGCUCUCCGGCGGACUCUCGGGCAAUGGGUCUCCCCUUUCCAACCUCCAGAACAACUGGCCGCUCCCUGCCUGCGCCGGAAGGACCCAGCCGGUCUUGGUUCGUGCCGGGUGCUGAAAACUCUUCCUCAUCCUUCCGGAUUCUCUCAGGGCGGCCGAGGCCCGCCGCAGCUGAAAGGAACCAGGAGCAAGCCGCUGCCCCAAGCGGUGCUGCCGAAGCUACCAUAAGGCCACUAGCUCUUCCCUCGGCAUCCGGUCACGAGCCUCCUGACAAAGACGCCCGGGGCCCGAGCCCUCCGUCCAGGGGCCAAGAUCUCCUAGCCAGGGGCGGCACAGACGCCUCCCGGAGGCCCGGACACCCGCCUCCACGGGGCCAUCCCCCAUCCAUCCCAGACCCUGCAGAGUCGGUUACGGAGCCUGGUCCCGGCACGCCUGGCUCCUUUCCAGGGAAUGCCGACAACGAAGCUCCUGGACCGAAGCGCCACGAAGAGGGCGCAGGCGACUUCGCCGUACUCGGGGGAACCGAGGUCGCUGGUGCAGGAGGGAGCAGGGCAGCGGCCGAUGCUGCUCCCUGGGAGGAGAAAGCCGGUGCCGCGGCCCAGCGGGUUGCCGCUGAUUUCCCAGACCCCGAGGACCCGGAGAAUGACUCGUCCGAAGACUCUGCUCUGGCAGAUGGCAGCGACUUCCCGGACACUGGCCCUUCCGAGGAAGAAAGAGACGGAGCCAGCAUGGUUUUAGCCAGCCCUGCUUCCGGCGAGGGAGAAGCUGAGAUAGUAAUGGACGGCGCAGACCUCCUGGAGGAAGACGGCACAGCUUUCAUGCAGGCCCUGGAACUCCUGGAGGAAGGCGAUGUUAUUGUGCUUGAUGGCCCCGAGUGGGAGGAAGCCUAUCUCGUAGCUGCAGAUGAGCCUGCGGUCCCAAGGGCAGAUGGUACAGCCGAGGAGGACACCGGGAUCUUUGCCGAAGGAAUGCUCCCCGGGACUGAAGCCCCGAUUGGUGUCAGUGACGUUGCCAUGCCUAUGCAGGAUGCCAUUCCUUUCUCUACACUGAGGGAAAUCCCUGGAGAUGUUGCUGUUCUAACAAGGAGUGCCGACGCGGAAGAUGCUGCCACUUACCCCAUAGGCGAUGAUGCUAUGACAUUUUUUUCUAGAAUGCCUGUAAGAAAAUUCAGUAUCCCUGUCGCGAGCCAUACGGAGCAUUUAGCUUUUGCCAAAGCAGCUGAAAAUGUCCUGUCCACGGGAGAUAGGGUUACUUCUGAAAGAAAUGGUCUCGGACCUCCAAAGGAUUCUGGGCCCCCCAUUCAGCAAACUAUUCCCACUAAGUCUAAGUCUGAAAUAAUUUUUCCUGAAAAGAAAGCUAUUGCAACAGGAGUUGCCCGUACAGUUCUGAGGGGAAAUGUCCAGGCUCCUGAGGAAAAUGUCAUGGUCCACAAGGUCCAACGUUGGGGAGAUGACACAGCUUUUGAGAAUGAUAGCAUUCUUCCUGAAAUACAAACCAUCAUCCCUGCAAUGAGAACUCCAAGCUUGACAAAUGUGCUCACACCAGAUGUCCUGGUCUCCAGGGUGGGCACUGCAGACCCUCCAUUAAACAAUCCCAUUGCUACGUCCGCAGAAGAAGCUAACAUGAAAGGAUCUCAUGCUAUUAGCACCAUGGAAGAUGACGCCACGAUAGGUAAAGGACAAUGGAUCCCUUCUGGUAGAGUUACCCCCAGAAGUUCUACCAUUACCCCUACAGGAGACACUGAACCCACAGACGAUGCUCUCCUGAAGAUGCGGAAGACUUUUGCAGAGAGAGACCCUGCCCCUGACGAUGGUGUGACCAAAGCAGGCCCAGUAAUGAAGGCUGACAAAAUUACUCUGGCAGAAGAAAACAUCCCAAAUGAUACCAAGCUAAUAACCCUUGUUUUGGACGACAAUGACCGUAUAGCUGCAAAAGCUAACUCUUUUAUGGCUCAAGUCAACAGUGCUGAGCCCCUAGUCGACAGGACAAAACAUGCACCAAACCCAACUCAGUCUGAUCCUGAUGUAGCUACCUCCACAGCUCAGAUUUCACCCUCCAUGUCUGACGUGUCUGUUACGCCUUCAGGAAAAGCAUAUUCGACAGUCAGUGAUGACAGCGUUCCCUUUGUGAAAGAAACACCUGGAUCCGAAAUUAAGAGCCCUGUAGUCCUGUUCAGAGACAAUCCCACCUCCACCGAGAUGACAUCAAGAUCCACGGGCAGUGGCAGAACCCGCCAUCAGACGGAAGCCUCAACAGAAGACGCAGCUCCUGAGAACAAUUUGAAGCCAAAUGAAGAGUACUACCACGGUUCUGGAAAGGCCAUUGGACCAAAAGUCAUCCCAAACACUUUCAGCUUUGGAUCCAAUACGGAGGCCCUUAAUUCCGAUCAUUCUGACCCCGGGGGCUUUUAUGUUUUCCCAAAACAGUAUGGCACCACCUUUUCCCCUUUAGGAGGCAUAGCUACAACCACUGAGGGCUCGCAUUCAUCUUUAACUCAGGAUUUAGAUACUAAGGUGGAUCCCACACCUUUGCUGUAUGAAAUGGCUGCUAGUGAUCUCAAUGUACCUUUAACAUCCAGCAUGAUGGACUUGAAGCCAAUGGCUAUUAGAAACGUGGCUGGUGUCACCACUGAUGGAACUGAGGAAAUAAUCUUCAAGGACCAAAAAAUGGCAACUUUAAAUUCCAUGUCAGGACUUAGACGAGAGGAUUCUACUCUUCUCGAAAACACAAGUUUUGAUCCAGCCUCAAAACAGGAAACUAUCCACCUUGAUGACAAUAUUAAUGCUGCUGUCAUCAGCACCCCCUUCUGGCCCCAAAAGUCUUUGUCUAUGAUUACGGAUGUUGCAAUGAACUCAGUCAUAAAGCCUGAUAUUUUACGGGCAGAGAAUGCUCCUCCCAAAGAGACUGAGGGUCUAACUCUUGCAAUGAAUUACAUCAGUGAUACUGUGGGGGAUAAAGACAUUGCUCAGCCCAUGUUAUUAACAGCUAAUUCUCUGAUCCUUAAGCCUGAAGCUUUUUCUGCUAAAUCUCAGAUGUUGCAUGAAAAAGAAGACCCCCUCCCUCAUGGCACUGGCCAACUCUCAGAGCCUCCAGCUAAAAACUCAGCAAUGAUCAAAGGUGCUGCUAUCCAAGAAUGGCAAGGCACUGAAAAUGAUCCCAAUGUGCUUCCAUUAGAAACUGUUCCUUUUCCAGUUGCUCCCACCAUGUCAAUAAUUGAGCCCAUCAAUGAUGAACCUGACACAACUUUCAUUGUGAAUAAAGACCGCUCCACUCAGGUGGAUGUGUCUGAAUUUACGAAUGAUGAAAAAAACCCUAUCUUUGAGCCAAACAAAAGAAUAGCUGCUCCACUUGCUUCUAGAAAAAACCAUGCCACGGUUACCGAUAACACUAGAAAGGAAUCUGAAAAUUCUAAAAAUGGUGAAACCUUUAAACAUGAGGUGGUUCCCUAUAUAAACAGAGCUACUAAAAAUGAGAGAGCUAAUCUUCCCCAGGGAAAAGAGUACAUCACUAAUGAUGACACAAUUUUACGUAGUUCUCUUUCAAGUGAUGUCUCUGACGAUUUGGUUGCUCGGGAUUACCCCAUUUUUCCUAAAGCAGAUGGCAGCAGCCCCAUCCCAGACAUCUUUGCAAACCCACCUAACCUAAAUGCAGUUGAGGAUCAUGUAGGUUAUUCUGUACAUGAUGCCACAUCUUUACCUGAAACAAUUGCUCCUGUUUUAAAAGAAAUUAUUACUCUUGGACAAGAUAAUGUAGAUGUUGCUGAUACUACUUCCUUUCAACCUGAAAUUUCUUAUCUAGGGGGAAAAAGAAGUGUCUUCAAGGAUACUGGUCCUAAUUUUGUCUCUUCCUUCUCCCCAGUAUAUGUACUACCCUUAAUACCCAAUAGCAUUGACUCUGCUAUAAAUCCCACCAGCCUUGAAGAUGAAGCAAUUUCGGUUACAAGGGGUACUCCAUCCUUUUCUAAUAAUAAACUUUACCUUACAACCCAAGCAGCUCAUUUUAAAUCUCAAGAAGAUGAAGACACUAGCACUGUGGGGGAAAUAACCAAUUCACAGAAGGGCACUCACCCAGUGACUUCUGCCACUGACCCUGUCCCUGUUGGUUUCAUUGAUGAUGCCACCGAGUUUAUACCAAGCUCGAUUAAAACAUCUGCUGUGCCAUUUAUAAAAGUAGACAUUCCCAUGGAGGCUGAGAUGCCCAUUCUUUCAACUGAGAACAUCAAGCCCAAAGAUGGCCCUGCCAGCUUAAGUUUCAACACUUCUCCUUCCAUGGGAGACAAGGACAUACUGAUGACCACUAAUGCACCAAGGAUCCUUAAGUAUCAUUCUGUGCCUGGGAAAGCUCAAGGUCCUUUUCUUAUAAAAUCAGCAUGGCCAGAGACAAUCAGUAUCGUGCCGGUUAAUAGUCCUCUUAUUACUCCCGAAUGGCACACUGCUGAAGCACAAACCCUUCUACCAGCUGACUCUGCCUUGGGUAAGUUUCAAGUCAGCCAUGGUGCCCCCAGUCCAGCUAAUAUUAUGAUGCCAGGAGAUAGCACAGUGGAGAAUGGCACCUCUAAUCUUUUAUCUGAUGACACAACCACACUCUUGGACGGAAAUCUCCCUACAUCUGCUACUACCACCUCUAAAACUGAUAUCAGAAACAUAGGUGAUGUCAAUGAGUAUAAGAUGGAACCUUCUGUAGAGAAAGAUAAGACAACUGUAUCAAAAGACUUUCUUCCUAUAAAAGAGCACACAAUAGCAGAGGCAGAUGAUGUUACUCUAUCGCCAAUAUCUGUGACAAAGGAUGUAGACUGGAUGACGUCACUCCGUGACAACAGUAUCCUUAAGGACCAUGGCUCUGUUUCUGAAGGUUCCUGGAUGGCCCCCAAAGGAGAUGACACCCUGUCCCUUGCAGACAUGACUGCACUCACAUAUAGUCCAAGUGGAUUUGAAGCUCAUGCUACCAAUUCUCCAUCUAGGAUUAUUACUAUUCCAAGUGAUGCAGGCAUUAGUGAAAACCACCAAACCAUUUUUGUUGGAGAACAUGAUUCUGGCACUGAAGCUGACAAAACAAAUCUCCCAGAAGAUCCUGCCAACUGGAAGAAAGUGAAUCCUAGAACCACGGAGCAUUCUGUCUUUUCUGGAACUCCAAGUUUUACUCCAUCUCUAGAAAUGGUAGCUAAAGCUGCCAAUGAUGUGCACUUCCUUCCAGAAAUUCCUAAUCGAAGAGUGAAAAGUUACUCUUCUGUUCCAGAUGCUCUGCUCAAUAUGACAGAUACAAAGCCAUACGUUAUUAAUAGCACUGACUCCGACAGGAAAGACAAGUUGCUCCGAGCUAAGAACGAAGACACAGCAGCUAUUUCCAAUUCUGCCGAACUGCAAGCAGCUGCUGCAACUACAGCAGUUGAGCCCAGAACUCAAGUAGAUGAAGCCAGAAGUGCUGGGCCUGAACUGACACCCUCUCAGUUUGGGACAGAUCCUAUGACUCCCUUUGCCAACUCUGUCAUCGAUGGCCUUCCCUAUGAGAGAGAAAAAGUCCCAACUGAGCCCAUGGCAACAGGUGCCAUCACACAAGACACCAAAGCCACAUCCUCUGUGGUUGAUGGCACCAUCUUCCCUGAUAAAGACAGUAAUGCUGAAGGUGAUUUUAUCAUUCAUGGAGGAGACACUGCUCUGUCCACAGGAGAUACCCCUCUCCUGGUAUCUGAAACUCUCUCUCCAUUGCCAGAUGUCCCAGCCAUCUUUACAGAAGACUCCCUGCCUGAAGUUUCAAUGUUAGUAGCAUCUGAGGCAUCGGAACUUGCGGUGGAAAACGCUGAGACCAUAAAUGAAACUGCUGACCCCAGAGGGCAGAUCUUUGAAUAUCAGAAGAACCACUGGGCCCGCUCACCAGAGUCUAUAUUUUUUAUAGCUGAUUCCCCAACUUUUGGGUUCUCUCCCACCAAUUCUGAACAUUCUCCGCCUGCGACAGUGUCUGCUAUCUCUAUGCCUGUGAAAGAGGUUCCAGCUAGCAUCUAUGGCCCAAGAGACAACUCUGAACGGGUAGUCCAUGAAACCAUGCCUACAGAAGAGUCUUCUCACCCAGGUGUAGCCAGGAUAGCAGAGGAAGAGACUGCGAUUCCAACUGAAGGAAACCCUCCAUAUGGUAAUGCCUUUGUGUCAGGCAAUCACGUCACUAGAACUCAGACGAGUGCCACAAAUUCUCUUCUUAUUCCUGCUGAUAUAAAAAUGGCAGUGGAGAGAGAGAGUGCUGCCACCGCCCUCAAGAGAGAAGGGGCUGACAUUGACUCGAACGACCCUAAGAACCCAACUGACAAGGCGAAUUCUAAAACCGGGACCACCAGAACCCUGAUGAAAGCAAUCCCUGGUGACAGAGAAAUGGCUUAUGUGAGGGCAAAACGCGGAGACGCUGAAGAGGGACCCUUCCUACCUGUCAGCAGGGACUCGGAAGACAUAAAGAAUCAUGACCCCGACACUGGCUAUGUCCUUCCCUGGGGAGGCACAGACCCUUUUACCAUGGAUAGUCCCAGGGUCAUCAGCACCACGCCCAGGCAUGAAACACCUGCCUCUUCCAAGGGUGCCACAAGAUCUAUGGCUCAUACGUUAGGAGCCUCCAACACAGCCAUUGCUACUAGUAUCAAAAGCCAAGCAGAAGAGCAUGGAACAGCAGUUACGGAAAUAGCCAACCCCCAAAACAACAUGCUUUCAGUGACUUCCACCAGAAUUCCAGCAGCUGAGAGCAUUUCCUCUGUGGAAGAUGGUACAGAAAUUCUCACAGACUGGACAAGAGUAGGCACUGUCCCCGAUGCAGCCAGGGCCUUUUCUCUUAACACUGAAUAUACUGAAGCCGGAGACAACCAGGCCAUUUCUGAAGGGAACCCUUCUCUGCCCACAAGAUAUGGUAGUCAACCAUCAAAUAUUCAUCUACCCCCCCUGAUAUCAGAUAAACUUCACACAGUUCACCAUGCAAAAGAGGCCUCAGUAGGUGAUGUCAUUAGAAUACCCCCCAAAAGGAGGAAGAUAACAGCUGCAAAUCCAUCUUCUACCAACAACCCCAAUAGCCCAACCGCCUCCACUGAAGCAGUCACCAUCACCUUUCCAAAUACUGACACUAGAGUUCAGGCCUUUGGGCCCAAAUAUGAACUGCUUAGAGAGGAAGACACAAGAUUUGAACCUAAACUAACUCAUCAUCCCAGGGUGGAAGGUGAUGAAAGCACCCUAGAGGUAGUGGAUAUUAACCCCUCUCUCUCACGUGAUGCCAUCCUCCAAAGUGACAAUCUUGCACCUCAAGAUUAUCUGAUUGAUUCUGAAGAAGACUCAAACUUUGCACCUCAACCAAAUGGAUUUCUGGCUCAACAGGGAUAUUCCUGGGCUGAGGGAACAAACUCUCUACCUGAAACAGCUGCUUCUGAGUUUGAAGAAACUGUGAUUUUAGAAAAGGAUGGUCUGGCUGACUCUGAUACUGCCUUCCUUCUUCCUGAUAUUUCUUACCCAGAGAGGAAAAGAAAUGCCCUGGAGGAUGAUCACAACGCUCCAAAGAGAGCCAAGACCCUCAUGGCAACCAGCAGGGACCCUGUAUUGGCUUCUACCAGAAAAGAAACUUUUGCCUUAAAAGAGAGAGACUCUUUUGAUGUCCAAAUUUCCCGUGGAGAAGAUUUCAGUGAAGUUUCUGGGACUGAGAGAAACAAGAUGCAAGAAGCAGCUCCUGCUCCUGUCACUUUCUUCACCACUCUUGAAGCUGCUGGCUCCAAUGAGGGUGCAAACACUGAACCUUCAAUUAGAGUGACAGCUACAAGGGACUUUCUGCCUACAAAGAGAAGCACACCAACUGUAUCCAAGACCACUGAUCUUCAUGCUAGAUACAUUAACCCUGAAAAUGACUCCCCUGUUUCCGGGGCAGAUUCCACUCUUGCGUCCAUAGGUGAUACCGCUUUGCUAACAGAUGUUCCUUUAAUCCUUAACUCUGAUUCCAUUGUUGGUAGUACCGAAGAAACUCUCCCUUUGAAGAAAACCUUAUUGGAUGAUGCCAAUAGAACUUUGUUAGAGGCAUCAGGGCCUGCCAUUUCUACCCACUCUUCUGCCAGACAAUUCCCAUACAUCUAUGGGACCAAUCCUUCUAGUUAUCAGCUUGCCAAAGAGGAAUCUGCCUCUAAGGAGUAUAAUGAAAUUCUCUUUGUAGAGAAAGAUAGCUCAGCAGAGGGAGAUGUUGUCUCUCUGGCAGAAGAAAAUACGUCCAAUAAGGAUCUGAUGACCCUUGUCCAGGACAACAAUGCCUCUGCCUAUGUCACUGAGGGUUACACCAUUGCCCCUGCAAGCCCCAUUAUAAAAAUGCCUAUAGUCACAAAUGUGCCAUCUGAACUGGGGACUUAUGCAUCCUACAACAAGGCUGACAGUCUGUACUUCUCAUCUAAAAUAAUUCCUGCCAAUCCUACACAAACAAACUCCACAGAAAGCAGCCAAACCAUUACUCUUGAGUAUGAACCACCUGACUCUGAGAUUCAUACCGCCAUAUUGAAAUCUGUGGCUCCUGGGACAAUGGCUUAUUCCAGCCCUGGAAGUAAGAAAAUGUCUUCAGAUUUUCAAAAAACGACCACUGUGGAGCAAGUCAAUAAAGUUGUAGAUGAUGCCACCACCUUUUUGCUAGAGACAUCUAACCCAAGUGAGAAAAGAACUGAUUUUGCAAUGGUUCUAGACCCAAACACUGGGUUCCCUAUGGAAGAGAGUAGGGUUUUCACAAUGGACAACUUUGGCUCUGCUGGGGAACCUGCCCCCAUCAAAAAUAAAGAUGUUUUUGACAUGAAGAAUAUCGCAACUGAUGUGUUUACUCCAGAAAGAAACCCCAAGGUCACGGUAGCUGAAGCUCAAUAUGUCAAAAAUAACUUCAAACCUGAUAGAAAGGGAACAUCCACUUCCCAGGCUGGCAGUCUUCCCUCAGCUCUGCUCAUGUCCCCUGAAGCUGACAGGAUGCCCAUGGAUACAAACAUGGAAAUGGUAACUGAUGUGGUCACCGCAGCAAACACGGCUGCUGCAGAGGACAUCACUUCCACUGGUGCCCUUCCUGUUCAAGAUGGUGAUUCUCCCAUUCCUAGAGCAGAUGUCACCAUGUCCCUAGGCAACAAGCCCUUACUGACUCACGAAAAUCCCAGCUUGACUCUUGAUGCCAAGGCCAACAGUGCCACAGCUUCUCUACAGGGAAGAAAUGAGGCCGUGCUGGAUGACUUAGUUAUACCCUCAGAGGCAACAGAGACAGCAGUUGAACAAAAGGAAACUUCUAUAGAGGACGACACAAACGGUGAACAUGAAAUAACCCGCUUUACUAACAAGGCCAGUCCUAUAGUGUCGGAAGACAAUGUAAUUCAGGCAGAAGAAAACCUUUCAAACGAUACCGGCCUCAGAGGAAGGGAUAAAUCUAAUUCUGAGGAGAAUUAUAUUCUUGAAGCAAAUGUAUCUGACCUUAACAGAGUUGUGAAUUCUUGCCUGAAGGACAAAAAUGGACUUGAACCCAUAGCUUGCAGUAAUCCCAUUACCUUCAAGGAGAAAAAUGCCGAGGAUGAAUUUUAUGCUAAGAAUCUUCUAGUUGACAAAGUCCAAGUUCCUAUGGAGACCAUCACUAUGAAUGAUGUCAUCACUAAUGGAACUAAAACAACUCAGGAAGUCCCAACUGUUGAAAAGGGUAGCAGGGCUGGAGUUAAGAUGACUUCCUUUGAGUCUAACAUGCCUCACUCAGAGACAACAGCAGACACCCUCAAGGGUGAUAAAUACAUUGCUUCCGAUUGGGAUUCCACCUUCGCCACAACCGAUCCAAGCAGCCUCAGGACUGAGAGCACUAGGCUGUCGGAGAAUAUCGCCUCCCCUGAAAACCAGGAAACAUCCAUCCCAAGAGACACCGGAUUGUCUACUUAUAAUACUGUUGGGCCCAGAGCAGACUCUAUAAUCACUGCAACUAAUGCCACAUCAGAAGAAAAGGAGGAAAAUGGGGCGGCAGAAAAGGCCAAUUUGGAAAAUGAUGUUACUCUGACAUCCUCCUUCAUUAACCCUAAAGGGGCGGACAUUUCCUAUAAAAUUGAAGUCAUCGAUCCAGUCACAAACGCAGAUAUAUUGGACGCCAUCAUAUCUGAAAAAGAAACCACUACAUCUAUGUUUUCAGCCUCUACCCUUUACACGGGACACAUUACAUCUGAAGAUGCCUCCACCGCUCCUGUGUCCCUAGGUGAUCCCACUUUACUAACAGAUGCCAUUGCUGGUAGGACCCACGAAAAUCUCCCUUUGGAGGAAAUCUCACUGGAUGAUGCCAAUAGAACUGUGUUAGAGGCAUCAGGGCCUGCUGUUUCUAAAAAGCUUCUAGCUGUUCUUGAAGUUCCUACCCCAGAAUGGAAUGUCAAACAUGCUCAAAAUGAACUUCAGGCCUUCCAGCUGGAAUCUAUACUUCCUCCCGCUGACUCUAUUCUCUUGUCCAGGAACCCUGCCUAUACUGCCCCUGAUGUGCUUGCUGCAGUAAAAGCAGCCCCAGCCACUGAGUCAGCCUCCUCUGGUGAAAAGUACCCAGCUCUUAAGAGAGCUAUCUCUGCAGCUGCUACCAUUAAUUUGAGGGAAGACAAUGACUUCAUGAUUAGAGCCACUAGCUAUGACACUGAUAAUCCUUUAGGGGAGAUUGCAUCUGAUGAGCAAGAAGUAGUAUUUCAAAGAGAUGAAGAGGAUGCCACGACAGAAGGGGACAGUGUUCUUCAGGAAGAAGAAAAUCCUCUAUAUACCAUCGAUUUUCCACCCUAUAUAACAAGUAGCAAUAUCCUAGAGGGCAACAAAUUAGCCUCUCAGGACUACUCUAUUUUUCCCAAGACAGAAGACACCGAUUCUACCUCUGAGGGAAGUAAAAUCACUGCUGACCUAUCCAAAUUGAUUUCUCAGCCAGCCAGUCCACAGAAGAGCCUACCCAUUACAACCUCCUUUUCUGUUCCUGGAGCAGACAUAAUUUCCUUUGGAAAUCAAGCCUCUAAAACUCAGUUUUACUCAGAUUUACCAGGUGACAUGCCUUCUAUGGAGCAGACUGGCCCAAUGAUGGCCAAAGUGCCGACGCUUACUUCUUUAAGCAACAGAUCUGGAGAUGGCUUUCCCAUCCCUGGAAAGGGGACUGCUAAGGAUACCACACUGUCUAUGAACACAAUCACCAUUCUUGGAGAUGAAAUCACUACUGUAAAAGCUCAAGAUUCCCUCCUGGCAAAAGACAGCUCUUUGGCUGAUCUGCAAAUGACAAAAUCCCAUUUUUUAAAUGCAGUGACCAAUCAUUCUGCUCCCAUGGAUCAUUUUGGCCUCCUGGAAGAGUCAAUGACUAAAACGACAAGUCACCUUCAUGAUCACCCAUUGGAUGCUUCCAGAGAGUCUACUGUCCCCAGUGCUGAUUCCACAGAUGCUGAACGUGACCCAUCUAUCACUCAAGAGGACAGCAACACUGAGAUGUCGUUCGAAAUCAUUGCUCCUUCACCUGGAAGCCCUUCCCUUGCCAAAAAGCUCCCUGUGACGAGUGUUGCUGCGCUGGGAGCUGAAGAUUUUUCACCUCCGAAAGUCUAUUCCCCAACUCCCACAACAGACAUUGCUAGAAACACGACAGACACAACCAUUUCCUCCACAGCCAAUAACACGACCCCUAAAAUACGAAUAGCUAUUACUUCCGAAGCAGGCCAUGUUACAACAACGGAAGACUCAAGUUCAGAGAGUGAUUUCAUUACCACUGCUGUCAACCUCAUGACCACUUUCGGCUACUUCAUCAGCUCUAUGGCAGACAAACUCACUCUUCUGAAGGAAAUACCUACAUCGGACUUUGUCAACGGGCUAUAUGGUAUUGAAACGUCUACCCAUGCGGCAGAAGGGAUCACCACCACGACUAGCCCCGCUAAGCUCUCUGCUGAUGGCAUUCCUCUCACUGAACAGGAAGACAUCCCCGACGUAUCGGAGGGCAUUCGCACCAGUUCCCACAAUGCUUUUGAGAUGAAUGAUGAGGAUGAAGAUGAGGAUGCCAUAGACUCAACAAAGGAAGUCUCUGAUUUUAUUGUGGAUGGCCUUGAAGGAGAGAAAAUUAUUGAGUUUGACGGAAGCAUCCUUUCAGAGGAAGAUGACCCCAAUGUCAUGGCUAACGUAAAUGGCUUUAUACAAAAUGAUGACAUCUUGGAAGAGAUAGACACACUCAGUGUGGCUGACUUGACUAACUCUGAGGAGGAAGACAUCACCAUAGGAGUUACUAACCCCGCAGAAGAUAGUGUUGAUGAUAAUAAUGAGCUUUGGAUCGAGGGAAAUCCUGAAGAUGAAUUGAAUGCCAUUGCCCUUGUUCUUGGUGCUUCUAAAUCCAGAGAUCACUCUGUUUCUGUUGGAUCAGAAGCCAAGAAUACUUGGGAAGAUAAGAACACUAUGAAAGCCUUCUUCACUCUACUAGUCGGUGGGCCAGCUGAAUCUGUGACCAAUGGCACAGAUUCCUUCCCUGGAAAUCCCAAUGCAGGAAGCCCCACAGACCCUAGAGAAGAUGCCACAACUGAAAUCAAUGUCACCAACCUAGAGGAAGAUGACUCUGAAGGCAGUAUAGAAUAACAUCACCAGCUAAAGAAAUAAGGUCUUAACAACUCCAUUGUGCCUGCUCCCCGUUAGCUACCUCCAGAAGAUUUUCUCUCUUCCUCACUGGCAAUUGAAAGACGAUGUAAUCUCAAGGAUGUGGAUUCUUUUUCCUCUUCUGUCCACAUGAUUUGAAGUGGGUCAAUCUUCUCAGUGAUUACUUCAAUAAAUAUUUUUGAACCCAA